CUCGUCAACAUUGAACCUGCAUCUCACUUUGCAUCACCACGACAUUGCUUAAAUCACCUUGCUCACACCCCUUUGCUGUUUUCUCGCCAGCAUUGCUACUUUACCAGCGUCAUUUUCAAGUAUUAGCUUAUUGUUUAUUCCUUUUUGCCCAGCAUGAACGCUCCCGAUAGGUUCGAGCUCUUCGUUCUCUCCGACGGCGAGAAGAAGAUUUCUGAGUCGGUCGUGAGCGGCAUGUCCAACUGCUCCGAUUUCCUGAUGCUCAAGGAGGACCAUACCCUCGGCAAUCUGCUCAGUGUCUACCUCAAGAUGGCGCCGCACGUCAUGAUGGCGGCCUACAAGAUCGGUCACCCCAACGUCCCCGAGGUCCUGCUCCGCGUGCAGACCGACGGCACUGUCACCCCCCGCGAGGCACUCGUCACCGUCUGCAAGCAGCUCGUCGCCAUGUACGGCCAGCUCGGCCGCGAGUUCCAGAAGGAGCUCGCUCUGCGCCAGUACGCCGACCAGGGCGAGAAUGCCGGCGCUGGGCCUUCCGGCGGCGCUGGCCCUUCGGGUCAGAACGGUUUCUAGAGAAAGGAGGCUUCUAGAGAAAGGAACGGGGGAACGGUCGUCGUAUCUUCUUCUUCGGAUCUUCGAGACCUGGGAGUUGUCCAUGGUGAUUGCUUUGGGAGGGACGGCGUUUCUCGGGUGAUGGCGUUGGGCUUCUGGGUCGGUGUUAGGCUGCCUUUCUACUACUAGGUCGGGGUAUACAACUCAUGCAACUG